AUGAUAUGGAGGGGAUUGGAACACCUGAAUCACAUGAUAUGGAGGGGAUUGGAACACCUGAAUCACAUGAUUGGGAGGGGAUUGGAACACCUGAAUCACAUGAUUUGGAGGGGAUUGGAACACCUGAAUCACAUGAUUCUGAGGGGAUUGGAACACCUGAAUCACAUGAUUGGGAGGGGAUUGGAACACCUGAAUCACAUGAUUUGGAGGGGAUUGGAGCACCUGAAUCACAUGAUUUGGAGAGGAUUGGAACACCUGAAUCACAUGAUUUGGAGGGGAUUGGAACACCUGAACCCAAUGAUUUGGAGGGGAUUGGAACACUUGAAUCACAUAAUUUGGAGGGGAUUGGAACACCUGAAUCACAUGAUAUGGAGGGGAUUGGAACACCUGAACCACAUGAUUUGGAGGGGAUUGGAAAACCUGAAUCACAUGAUUUGGAGG